AUACAUCUUAUAAUAUUAUAAUAUAAUCAGCUUGAAAUUGAGGUGACUGGCGCCCUGCCUGUGGGAAUUGCGUCCGAUGCAAUGAAGAGCGGUCUGACAUUCGUUGCCAGACGAGUUGUAUCAACCGUCCGUACCCAAACCCCAAACUCCCGCCUCUAUUGUUCACCUCCUUCCUCCUCCCCUUCGCUCAACAACAAGCUUUUUGUUGCAGGUUUGUCAUGGUCGGUUGACGAGAAGUCCUUGAAGGACGCUUUCUCAACGUUUGGGGAGGUCACGGAAGUGAGAAUAAUGUAUGACAAAGACACUGGUAGGUCAAGAGGCUUUGGGUUUGUUUAUUUCUCAAAAGAAGAUCAGGCCAAAAGUGCAAAAGAUGCCAUGGAUGGGAAGGCUUUUCUAGGUCGACCGUUAAGGAUAAGCUUUGCUCUUGAAAAGGUUCGUGGUGGACCUCUUGUAGUUCCACGCCUUUCACACAUUCGAGAUGCUGCCAGUAGAAAUUCUUGAACUCUAGCAAACCAUUCAAUCCCUUUAUGACCAAGAACGAUGAGUCAUGACAAUUGUUGCCACAAUUUGUAUAUGGUGGUCACAGUUUCUUACUACACUGACUUGAAAUAUUUUUUGAAAAAACUUUUAUGAAUGUUCAUUGGUCUUCAAGAUAUUUAACAAAUGAGUGUAUCAAAGGAAUCAUGGAUCAAUCAUAUCAGGAAUGCAGUUUCUGUAAUAUGACCAAAAAUUGAGUUUUUAAUAAUUCACUACCUUGUUUUCUCUGUUCAAA